GGAAGGGAGGGGAGGAGAGGAGAGGAGAGGAACCGUCAUGGGGCCUUGGAGUCGAGUCAGGGUUGCCAAAUGCCAGAUGCUGGUCACCUGCUUCUUUAUCUUGCUGCUGGGCCUCUCUGUGGCCACCAUGAUGACUCUUACCUACUUCGGGGCCCACUUUGCUGUCAUCUGCCGAGCGUCCCUGGAGAAGAACCCGUACCAGGCUGUGCACCAAUGGGCCUUCUCUGCGGGGUUGAGCCUGGUGGGCCUCCUGACUCUGGGAGCCGUGCUGAGCGCUGCAGCCACCGUGAGGGAGGCCCAGGGCCUCAUGGCGGGGGGCUUCCUGUGCUUCUCCCUGGCGUUCUGCGCACAGGUGCAGGUGGUGUUCUGGAGACUCCACAGCCCCACCCAGGUGGAGGAUGCCAUGCUGGACACCUACGACCUGGUAUAUGAACAGGCGAUGAAAGGCACGUCCCAUGUCCGGCGGCAGGAGCUGGCGGCCAUCCAGGACGUGGACUGCCUUCAGGGCAUCCGGAGCUUCCUGAGGACACACCAGCAGGUCGCCUCCAGCCUGACCAGCAUCGGCCUGGCCCUCACGGUGUCCGCCUUGCUCCUCAGCUCCUUCCUGUGGUUUGCCAUCCGCUGUGGCUGCAGCUUGGACCGCAAGGGCAAAUACACCCUGACCCCACGAGCAUGUGGCCGCCAGCCCCAGGAGCCCAGCCUCUUCAGAUGCUCCCAGGGUGGACCCGCACAUUGUCUCCACUCCGAAGCAGUUGCUAUUGGUCCAAGAGGAUGCUCGGGUAGUCUUCGGUGGCUGCAUGAGAGUGAUGCUGCGCCUCUGCCCCUCUCCUGCCACCUGCCUGCCCACAGAGGUGAAGACGCCCCUGCUGUCAGCCCUCAUGGGAUCCCUGAGGGGAGGGUCCAAGCUGUGAGGAGGGAAGGGAGUGAAGGCCCAGCCAGAGAGCCAGGCUCCAUUGGGAACAGAUGCAAGGGUAAGGGGUAGCUCACCAAAUCCCUCCAUGGGAACGGGCUGGGUGCAAGCACAAAGGAAGCCACACUGGAGGCAGCAGCCCAGGGCAGACUGCAAGACACUGGUGGUCCACGCCCUGGAGGGCUCCACCCAGACACAAGCUGCACUGGUUUUCUAUGCUGCGUAAGAAGCAGCACGGAUGUAAGGACUGCAAGCAGUGCCCAUUUAUGAUCUCGCAGCUCUCCAGGGCAGAAGUCGCGGUGGGCUCAGCGGGUGCCCUGAGCGGGGUCUCUCAGACUGACGUCAGGCCUUGGUGGGCUGCACUCUCACCUGGAGGCUCCGGGGAAGCAUCUGCCUCCAGGACCAUUCAGGCUGUUGACAAGUCAACUCCUCAUGGCUGUAGGACUGAGGUUCCCACGUCCUUGUCCCUGCUCCUGUGGUCCCUCCACCUUCAAACCAGCAAUGGUGCAUUGAGCAAAUUGUGGUCAAAUAUACAUCACAUAAAACUUACCAUCUUAACCAUUGUUAAGAAGUGUAUGGUUUGUGGCAUUAAAUACAUUCACAUUGUUGUGCAACCAUCA